AUGUAUGGAAAAUGUAGCCAUAUGAAAGAUGCCGUCAAACUGUUCGACGAAAUGUCGGGCCGAGACUUAGCCUCUUGGGCAUCAAUUUUCACCGCGCACAAUCAAGCCAACCUCCCCUGGCAAACCCACUUCUUAUUCUCUCAUAUGCGGUCUAGGGAGAGUCUCCAACCGGACCACUUCAUCUUCGCUUGUCUCGUUAAGGCUUGCACUUGUUUGUCUGCUUCGAAACUUGGUCUACAACUGCAUGCCCAGUUUGUCCUAUCGCGUUUUUCUGAUGAAGACGUUGUUAAGUCAUCCUUAGUUGAUUUUUACGCGAAAUGUGGAUUGCCUGAUCAAGCUAGAAAAGUAUUCCACUCAAUUGUGUCGAAGAAUGUGGUUUCUUGGACUAGCUUGGUUUACGGGUAUGCAAGGAUUGAAAGGAAAAACAAAGCCCUCGAGCAUUUAGACGACAUGCCUUUAAAAAAUGUUCACUCUUGGACAACUCCGAUAUCAUGCUUUGUGCAAGGUGGGCAUUGCACAGAUUCCUUUAAGCUUUUCAACGAAUUGAGGAGGGAAGAUAUUGAUAUUGAGGAACCGUUUGUUCUUUCGAGUUUGAUUGUUGGUUCGUCCAGUUUAGCUAUGUUAGAGCUGGGCAAGCAAGUUCUUAAAUUAGUCAUAGUUCUUGGGUAUGAGUCCAGCUCUUAUAUUAGCAAUGCAUUGAUUGAUAUGUAUGAUAAAUGUAGUGACGUAUUAUCUGCAGAGAAGAUUUUCGGGAGUUUGAGGAGAAGAGAUGUUGUUUCUUGGACAUUUACUAUUGUGGGUUUGGCACAGCAUGGGCGAGAAAUCGAAGCACUGUCGUUGUGCACAGAUGGGAGUUGA